GCAACGCCUUUAGGACCAAUCAGAACAUUGAGUCCAAUGGGUGAAAGUGGAAGUACAAAAUCCUCAGACAGGCUCGUAAUUUCUCCAGUCUCUGACCUGUGUACCGACUCAUCACGGUCAUCUGUCUCUUCUACAAAUUCUGAUGAUGAAGAAAAAUCCAAAAAAGACAACUUAAAUAAAAUUACUGCUGAUGGAUCAUGUGAUGAUCCACCUUUGGGAUCUUUUUAUUUAAUCAAGGAGAGAACAGAUUCUGGUCAGAGUGCUAAUUUAAUUGACAGUUCAGCUGUUAGGAAGAAAAUAGAAGAACUCAAAAACUUUGGGUCUAUGUUUGACAAAGCUUUGGUACCUUCAAAGGGUGAUUCUGAAGUUAGUGGAACUAAUACAUGCAUUGAUUUCAGUAAAGAGUUAAGUGGGGUUAGUGAGAGCCAGUCAAUGCAGUUGCAAGCAGCUAAUCAAAGCAGCAUUACAAAAGCACCCAGUGCAACUGUUGAAACUACUGGCAUGAAACAAAGCAGAAAAGAAGUGCCAGCCAGAUAUCGUUACUCAAGAGAAUUUCUUCUGAAACUAAGGGUGUCACCACUCUCUCUACAAAUACCAGAAGGGCUACAAGAACUUGAAUGCUUGUGUAAGAAGCCUCACAUUCAAGGAAAGUCAAUUGAUGUGUCCCAUCCUGGAUUAGACAGAAAAUGGAAUUCCCUGAAGUCUGAUGUGCUAUUCUACCUAAGUAGGCUAACAGUAACUAAUGUCAAGGUCAUUGUUGAUGAACUGCAAAAAAUUAAUUUUGAAGUUGAAAAUGAUCUAGAACAAUUAGUCAAAAUUAUUUAUGAAAAGGCAAUUUUAGAUUCAAAAAAUUUAAAAGCUUAUGCUCAGCUUUGCUUAGAAAUGUCUCAGUUAUCAGUACCAAUCUUCACAUCAAGUCUCAACAUUGCAUUCCGUGAAGUUCUAACUAAAUUUUGUACAAAAAUGUUUGACUCAGAAAAAGCUUAUUUCAGCCGAUUAGAGAAGACGGAAACUUCUGAGCAACUCAGUGGGGAUGAACCAGAUAAAGCGGAACAACUGAAAAAGUCUACCCGGAAAUUAAAACAGAGACGAUCUAAAUUUUUUGGAAAUAUCUUAUUUUGCACUGAAUUGUGUACAGUUGGAAUUUUACAGCCAAAUUUUAUUUACAAAUGUCUUCGAUACCUCCUGGCAACAUGUAAUGAAGACUCAUUCUCAGUACUUUGUCAGAUUUUGGAAAAUGUUGGAUCCCAAUUAGACACUAAAGGAAUGAAAACUGAAAUGGACAACAUUUGUGACAGCAUUAUCAAACUUGCUGACAGUCAUCCAAAAUCUAGAGCAUCUUUUUUAGAAAUCAUUGACUUAAGACAUAAUAACUGGGGGCUUUCUAUUUAAAAGUAUGGUCCAGUGGCUAAAGAAGUGAUUUAACUCAAGUGAAACUGCUGAUGAAAAUCUCAGAUUCCUGAUUUAUAAUUUGUUUUAUAAUUUCAUAUGCCUUUUUACAAAACCUUUUUCCAAAUUUGUAUUUGAUUUGUGAUCAACAUAUUUAUAAUUUUUUACAAGUACUUUGUUUAUAAUUUUAUAAUCAUUUGUAAAUUAGAAAGAUAAUGAGUUUACUAUUUGUUUUAUAAAUAAAGUUGACACAAGAUUUCACUGUACUUUGACUGAUAAAAAAACACAUUAUUAAAGUCUUUCAACACUGUUUUUGCUUUGUGUGAUUAACAUUACAAUUUUUCACAGAUACUUUGUUAAUAAAUUUAUAAUAAUUUAUUAAUAAUCAAUACAACCUAGUUCUUUGUCCAGCACUGCUUGUAUUGGCUAGAUGUUUUUUAAUACAAAUUGUGAUGUUCUUUGCACCCUUUUUAGACUUGUUAAGAUAAAAUAAAGUUAACCUAUUUCAUGACUCCUGUAUAUAAAAGGAUUAUUCUGUCAUCGUUAUGAGUAGUCAGGUACCCACCAGAGCUGGGUUAGCUCAGAGAGGUCCUUUAGUCUUGAGCUU